AUGACGACUCGGGCAAAAGCUGGAAUUCGAAAGCCUAAACAGAUCAUCUCACUUCUCACCAUCACCAAAUCUCCAAUUCCAAAAAGUUACAAACUAGCUCUUUCUGAUCCAAAUUGGAAUCCAGCGAUGACUGUUGAGAAUGAUGCUAUGCUUAAGACUAGGACUUGGGAUUUAGUGCCUUGGCCUCCUAAGGUCAAUAUUGUGCGAUCCAUGUGGCUAUAUACUCAUAAACAUGAUGCAGAUGGAGCUCUAAAAAGACAUAAGGCCAGGUUGGUUGCUAAUGGGAAAUCACAGGAGGAGGGAGUUGAUUUCACUGAGACAUUCAGUCCAGUUGUGAAGCCGGCAACGAUUCGGACGGUUCUCAACGUCGGUGUUGUGUGUGACUGGCCAAUACACCAGUUAGAUGUCCAAAACGCGUUUCUUCACGGCGAUCUAGAAGAAACAGUGUAUAUGCAUCAACCUCCAGGUUUUGUUGAUCCGGCGUAUCCUAAUCAUGUGUGUAAGCUACGUAAGACCAUCUAUGGCUUAAAACAAGCUCCACGGGCCUGGAAUUCGAGAUUCAAAAAGUUUAUCAAUAAUUUGGGCUUUAUCACUAGCAAAGCCGAUACUUCUCUGUUUAUUUUCAGGAAAGGAAAAGAUCUCGCCUACCUUCUUCUAUAUGUCGACGACAUACUCCUCACUGCUCCAACCAAGGCUUUGUUACAACACGUCAUUGAUUCUCUGAAAUCCGAGUUUCCGAUGACAGACAUGGGUAAAGCUCACCACUUUCUGGGAAUUAAGGUUGAGUACAAUGAGAGAGGCAUGUUCUUAAGCCAAGCUUCAUAUGCAAAGGAAAUUAUUGAUCAUGCACAUAUGGAGGAUUGUAAACCAAUUGCCACACCGGUUGAUGUCAAAUCCAAACUUUCAGCAAAUGUCGGUGAACUAUUGAAAAAUCCAACAGAAUACAGAAGUCUUGCAGGUGCUCUGCAGUAUCUGACUUUUACUCGCCCGGAUAUUUCUUAUGCUGUUCAUCAGAUUUGCUUAUACAUGCACAGUCCGAGAGUACCACACUUCCAUGCGCUGAAGCGAAUCAUUCGUUACGUUAAGGGCACAAUAAAUCACGGUCUGCAACUUUACAGAGGCUCCAUUGAUACUCUAACAGCCUAUUCUGAUGCAGAUUGGGGAGGCUGUCCAGAUACUCGAAGAUCAACAUCUGGUUAUUGUGUUUUCCUUGGCCCAAAUCUAGUGUCUUGGUCCGCCAAACGUCAACCGACGGUAUCGAGAUCCAGUUCCGAAGCAGAAUACAAGGGUGUGGCAAACACGGUUGCAGAGCUAUGUUGGCUUCGAAAUCUUAUGCUAGAGCUUCACUUUAAGAUCAUCAAAGCUUAUGUGGUCUACUGCGACUACAUCAGCUCUGUUUACCUGGCUAACAAUCCCGUGAAACAUCAAAGGACCAAACAUGUUGAGCUGGACAUUCACUUUGUACGUGAGAAGGUUGCAAUUGGUGAAGUGAAGGUCGUUCAUGUUCCCUCCUCUCUCCAGUACGCAGACAUAUUCACCAAAGGUUUGCCAACAACACUUUUCAAGGAGUUUCGAGACAGUUUAACCAUCCGAUCAUCGGAUGCUUCAACUGAGGGAGGGUGA